UAGUGCCUGGCAAAGAGAAAGCCUCCUGGAAGCAGCCGGGGUGCCUUUAAGAGCUGCGGUGUGGAGUGAUUUGUCAGCAGACCAUUUUCCAUUGUACUUUGGCCCUGUGAGCUGGACACAGAUCUCUCAGGACUGGCGAGGGGCAUGAUGGCUGAAGAUCCCCUGUGCCACCCUGCCCUGGAUCAGACAGCUGGUGAGGAGUUCCUGCAGGAAGCUUUUCAGAUCAUCCUGGAAGAAGCUAUCAGGAAAGGCACAGAUGUGACAGAAAAGGUCUGUGAGUGGAGGGAGCCCCAUGACCUGCAGCAAAUCCUGGACCUGGAGCUGAGGAGCAGCGGGGCUCCCCAGCAGACAAUGCUGGACCACUGCCGGGACAUCAUCCGCUACAGCGUGAAAACAUGUCAUCCGCGUUUCUUUAACCAGCUGUUUUCGGGGCUGGAUCCUCACGCCCUGGCGGGACGCAUGAUCACCGAGACGCUCAAUACUGGGCAGUACACCUAUGAGAUUGCCCCUGUGUUCGUGCUGAUGGAGGAAGUGGUGCUUAAGAAGCUACGGGAGCUGAUUGGCUGGGACAGUGGAGACGGGAUAUUCUGUCCAGGAGGCUCCCUCUCCAACAUCUAUGCCAUGAACGUGGCGCGGUACCAGCGCUUCCCGGACAGCAAGAGGACGGGGAUCUGGGCGCUGCCGAGACUGGCAGUGUUUACUUCACAAGAGAGCCACUACUCUGUCCAGAAGGGGGCAGCUUUCCUGGGCAUUGGCACCGACAACAUCUACCUGGUCAGCGUGGAUGAGAGGGGGAAAAUGAUACCUGCGGAUCUGGAGAGACAGAUCAACAAGGCAAAAUCGGAGGGCGCGUGUCCUUUCUUCGUCAACGCCACCUGUGGCACCACGGUGCUGGGAGCCUUCGACCCGCUGGUGGACGUGGCAGACGUGUGCAAGCGCCACGGGGCUUGGCUUCACGUGGAUGCUGCCUGGGGUGGGAGCGCUCUGGUGUCCAGAAAACACCGACAUCUCCUGGACGGGAUAGAGAGGGUGGAUUCGGUGGCUUGGAACCCCCACAAGAUGCUGAUGACGGGUUUGCAGUGCUCCGCCUUCCUGCUCCGAGAUAGCUCUGGCUUGCUGCAGAGAUGCUACUGCGCCAAUGCCACCUACCUCUUCCAGACUGACAAGUUCUAUGACAUGGCCUACGACACGGGGGACAAGACUGUUCAGUGCGGCCGCAAGGUGGACUGCCUCAAGCUGUGGCUCAUGUGGAAGGCCAAUGGGACCGAGGGGCUGGAGAAGCGAGUGGACAGGGCCUUUGAGUUCACAAGGUACCUGGCUGAUGCGAUGAAGGGAAGGGAAGGGUUCCUGCUGGUGACAGAGCCUGAGUUCAUCAAUCUGUGUUUCUGGUUUGUGCCAGCCAGCCUUCGGGGCAAGCAGGGCUGUGCCGAUUACUGGGAGAGACUGGGAAAGGUGGCCCCUGCUAUCAAGGAGCGGAUGAUGAAGAAAGGGUCCAUGAUGGUGGGUUACCAACCCCUUGGCAGCAGGGUCAACUUCUUCCGCCAGGUCGUCACAAAUCCCAUGGUCACCAAGCAGGACCUGGACUUCUUCCUGGAUGAGAUCGAGAGACUGGGCAAAGACUUGUAGGGAUCCUGCCUCCUGCAUAGUAACAGUAGGACAUCACAUCCACUCUUGCCCAAAGUAUCCUUCUCCACAGCCUCCAGCAAUCACUGCUGUGACAACACAGGUCACCGGACUCAGGGGGGUUAAAUCCCUAGUAUGGUCAGUUACCAGCCUCUCCCACAUGUCUCCAAACACAUUCCACCAGAGGGGAACUCAGCAACUCCCUGUCUGCCUCCCCUGGGUCCUUGGGAGAGAAGGGACAUUGAGAAGGCCCAGAAGAGAGUAACACCUGAGGGGACUGAAGAUGAUAGAAGCCUUUUUGAGAACAUCAGCUUGCACAUUUGGCGAUGCCCUGAGACAGCUCCAUUAAGGCUUCAUGGGACAAGCUGGAAGAGGGUGCUUGGAUACCAGAGGUGAACAUUUCAGCACCACCCUGCAGGCAAGUAGAACAUCACCCUGUGGUGCAAUAUGCCGGGGGCUGACACGUAUGUCCAACACUCAGCUGACCACAGACGAACGGCCGUUGCAGGACAGUCCAGAUGUAGUGUGGAGAUGCCCUGAGCUCUGUGAAACUGGUGUAGAGCUCCACCUGGUUUGACUGGGGCUGCCUCUAAAGAGCCCUCUGAUGUCAAACAGAUCUGCCAAACACCACUUCACGAGCUGCUCCCAGGCGAGUGUGCUGUUCCUUUACUGUUCCUCAUGCUGCCUUCUGCAUUGCUCUGCUGGAAGCAUUCAUGCUUGGUCUAAGCACUUGAUGUCAGUGUGCCUGGUAACUGCCCCCACACCCCCGCAUUUCAUAAGCAGCGUGGCAGUAAAUGUUGGCAUUUGCUUUUA